AUGGGCCAAAAAGGCAUUCGUACAGCUAUCAAAGUUGAUCUCAAUAAACCGGCUUGGGAACAACCAGGUCUACAUAACCGGUGGCAUCCGGAUGUCCCAUCUACCGGAAAGAUCGCAAACAACGAAGUCGUCAAGAUCGAAUGCCUCGACUGGACUGGCGGUCAAAUCAAGAACAAUGACUCCGCCGACGACGUCAAGAACGUCGAUCUAACUCAGAUCCAUUAUCUGUCCGGCCCAUUUGACAUCGAAACCGCCGAGCCCGGCGAUGUGCUCUUGGUCGAAAUCCAGGACGUUCAGCCAUUUGAAGACCAGCCUUGGGGGUUCACUGGUAUCUUCCAUCCCCAGAACGGCGGUGGCUUUCUAGAUGAGAUUUAUCCGAAGCCAGCAAAAGCCAUCUGGGACUUUGAGGGAAUCUUCUGCUCGUCGCGUCAUAUCCCUCAUGUUCGCUUCGCAGGCCUCAUUCACCCAGGAAUCCUAGGCUGUGCACCUUCUGCAGAAGUUCUGGCAGAGUGGAAUCGUCGCGAGGGUGAGCUGAUCGCAGCCAACACCACCGGACGAGAUGUCGCGCAACCUCCACAGCCUAAAAGCGUCCAUGCCGGCAGUGCAAGUGAGACUAUCAAAGAGAAGAUCGGAAGAGAAGGCGCUCGAACCAUCCCGGGCCGCCCCGAACACGGCGGAAACUGCGACAUAAAGAACCUCUCUCGCGGGUCGAAAGUAUACCUCCCCGUGCACGUUCCCGGCGCCAAAUUCUCCGUCGGCGACCUGCACUUCUCCCAGGGCGACGGCGAGAUCUCCUUCUGCGGCGCCAUUGAAAUGGCCGGCGUGAUCACCCUCAAAUUCACCGUUCUCAAAGACGGCAUGGCCAAGCUCGGUAUGAAGUCCCCCAUCUUCCACCCUGGCCCUGUCGAGCCGCAGUUCGGCCCGGGUCGAUACCUGACCUUCGAGGGGUUCUCGGUCGACGAGAAUGGCAAGCAGCAUUAUCUAGAUGCUACCGUGGCGUACCGCCAGACUUGUCUCCGGGUCAUCGAGUACCUGCGGCGCUAUGGGUAUAGUGAUUAUCAGAUCUAUUUGUUGUUGAGUUGCGCUCCGGUUCAGGGCCAUAUUGCCGGGCUGGUGGAUAUUCCGAAUGCGUGUACGACGCUGGGUGUGCCGAUGGAUAUCUUUGAUUUUGAUAUUCGGCCGGAGGCGGACGUGGUUAAGAAGGAUAUGGGGAGUUGUGCUUUUGCGAGUGACUGA